AAAUAACAAGAUUUAGAAAUUUGAUUGAUGUUAAAGUAAGUGUUAGUGGAAUAGAAGAAGUUUUGGUAUAAAUGUUUGGUGGAAACGUACUGAUAUGAAGAAUUCAAAAUUGGUAAUAAAUUUAUGAGCUAUUUUGAGGCAUUUGAGCCUUGGUACGAAGGCGUAAUAAUUUAAUAACUUAAUAGCUAGUAGCUAUUGCUGUCCACUUGUAGUUCUAAAGUAGUUUCGUGCUGGACCGUCUUAGUCAUAGGAGUUUGACAAAAUUUCAAAUUGAACCGUUUUCGUUCAACUCUCGCGUUCUCGUGCCCCGGUUCUUUUUAAAGAUGUAUUUUUUUUGUGAUCGUUUACACCUCGCGUUUCUUCUUUAAGUUGGUGUUACAAAUAAUGUAUCCUCAGUGUGAAAAUGUUGUAUGAAUAUUUGUUUUUAUCGAAACCAGCGAAAAAUAAAACUAUUGGCAGAUGAUCACAUUUACAGAGAGCUAUGGGUCUAACGCAAUGGACAGUCCAAACCACAUUCAGCCCAGUGGCAAAUCAAACGAAGACGGGGGGUCAUCAAGUGCCUUCGAGGUGGAGAUCGAAAACGACAUGGAAUUAACCCUGGUGGCGGCGACGAACGAUGCCGAUAACGAUAACGGAAAGUUACCGGAUGUGGUAGCUGUCGCCCAAGUUUCCACUGAAUACGAAGAAGUUAGGGGACGUAGUCAGGAAACGUACCUUUCCAUCGCCAUACAAGUUUUCAUACCAUUUCUGAUUGCCGGGUUCGGAAUGGUUUGCGCGGGUUUAGUUUUGGAUAAAAUCCAGCAUUGGCCGGUAUUUAAAAAAGUGACUGAGUUAAUGAUCCUCAUUCCAUCUUUAUUGGGAUUAAAAGGUAAUCUAGAAAUGACGUUAGCAUCGCGGUUAUCAACCCAAGCCAAUUUGGGACACAUGGAUACUCCUAAACAACUUUUUGAAAUGAUCGUUGGAAAUUUAACGUUGAUUCAGUGCCAAGCCAUUGUGGUAGGAUUUCUUGGUUCCGUGGUUGCUGUCGUAAUGGGUGCCCUAAAAACUUAUACAGUCCAAUUAAAUCAUGCUUAUCUCUUGUGUGCCAGCAGUUUGGUAACGGUGUCUUUAGCCAGUUUGGUGUUAGGCAUCAUCACAGCUGGAGUUAUUGUCUUAUCGAGACAUUGUCAUAUCAAUCCGGAUAAUGUUGCCACACCAAUUGCUGCUAGCCUUGGUGAUAUUACAUCGUUGGCUUUGUUAUCAUGGAUUUCAACAGUUCUUUAUGAAUCCAUAGGUAUAUAUGAUUGGUUGGCACCAUUAAUCAUAGCGGGAUAUAUUUUAGCGAUACCAUUAUGGGUGUGGAUAGCAAAAAGAAAUCUUCAUACAAGGGAUGUAUUAUAUAACGGUUGGACACCCGUAAUGGGUGCAAUGUUGAUAAGUUCUCUGGGUGGAUUGAUAUUAGAUUUUAUGGCGCCAAGAUUUGAAAAUAUAGCUGUAUUUCAGCCGGUAAUAAAUGGAGUGGGUGGUAAUUUGGUAGCGGUACAAGCUAGUAGGAUAUCGACAGCUUUGCACAAACAGUCAGUAUUAGGUAUUUUAACCUCGGAUAUGAAUGUCGAUGAUGAUAACGUCAUCUUCAUAUCACCGGUAACCGGGUUUUGCGGAAAAAGCGUUCAUGCGAGAACGACGCGCGUUCUGAUGGCGAUGGUAAUACCGGGACACCUCAUCUUUGUUUAUACGAUUGAUUAUAUGAAAGGAGAAGAGAACACCAUGACUUCACUUUUUAUUGUCGUAUAUUUGCUCGCUGCCGUCACGCAGGUCGCGACGCUCCUUUAUGUUGCCUACAAUAUGAUUCAUUGGAUGUGGAAGAGGAAGAUCGACCCUGACAACUCUGCCAUACCCUAUUUGACCUCAAUGGGCGACCUGCUUGGUAUCUCCCUGUUGGCUAUUGCCUUUCAGUUUCUUUAUUUGGUUGCUAAUCAUGAAAACGGCAAAAAUUGAUAUGUUUAUGAUUAUAAAUAUUGAUUAAAAAGUUGAUAGUUUUUAAAUAACAUUUGUCUUAAAAUAAAAUCGUACGAAGGAAACGAAAAAUUUUCAAUUAAUGAGCCGUUUCUUUUGUUCAACGGUGUACGAAUACUAAAAUACACAAAAAUUCACAAAAAUAUAAAAAAAUAUAAAAAAUACAGCGACGUGGAAAAGUCGCUUACGCUUGCUGUUGGUAAAUUUAAUAAUAAAUUUCUUUUUUUUUAUAAGCUGCGAGACGUGGUACAUAUCAUACCCUCGAAUUGCAAUAAUUUUUUUUUUUUGGAAAUAACUUUAGAACGCUAGUACCUGCGGGGUGCCUCUGGUUAAGCCACAAUUCAUUCUGUUACUCCUUGCGAAACGAAAGGAAUCUCGCAGCCCACACGUUCGUUUGUGAUUCAACAGAGGUCUAUGUCGUUAAAACCGUUCAAAGUAUAAUUUUCCUGUGAGAAACGAUAUUUUUCUAAGCCGUAUCGCGUACACUACCUGUAAAUCGUCUUCGACUCAAGAUUCGUGACAAUAGUUGCUAGUAUUUUUGCCUUGGCAUGUUGUAUUGUCAAUUUUUGGGAUUUAACAAUAAAAUUAAAAAAAUCGGCAACCUAAAAUUGUCUAUAUGUAGAUAUUAAAAAAAAAACUGUAUGUGUAAUAUAUGUAAUUAAUAAAAACAAAUGAGUACAGUAA